AUGAUGGGAGGCGCAUGGGAAAUACUAGUAGGAUCAGUAAAAAAGGCUCUAUACAAGUCAAUAGGACGAAGGAAGUUAAGCACCCCUGAGAUGUUUACGGUGCUGACAAGAAUUGAAGCAAUUCUCAACACCAGACCGCUUACAAAAUGUGAUACUGAUGACAUCACAAAACUCUCGCUUGGCCACAUUGAUUUCUUGCAAGGAAACAUCAAGUGUUCUAUCCCAAAUGAAAGUGCAUGGCAUGAUCAAACAGAUUCAGAAUAUGAUCCAACGCUUAUACGAACCGAAAAACGAGCGCUGGAGCAAUUCGUUUUUCCGAAACGAUUGCAGAGAAGUUUUGGAAAUCUUGGAAGUCUCAAUACUCGAUCUAUCUUCGAGAAAAUGAGAAAAUGA